AAUUCAAUUCAAAAUUUACAAAAUUCUUCGUAAAGAGAAUAUGCACAAGACCUGGAAUAAGGCGUUCCACAAGCGCAAGCUGUGGAGGAGCGUGUCCAAGCCCGGAAAGCUGGUGUACUACAUGCAGCCGCUAAUCGAGCACCUGUUCGACACCUGGAUGCAACCACUGCCCUUUCCGACGCUCCUCAAGUUCAUCUACAGCUGGGUGCUGAUCUUCUUCAUCAUGAUUCCGAUGCUCUAUCCGCUGCUCGUCCUCCUCUCCUACUACGGCAUAUUCCAGUACGCGGCGGAGGAGCACUUCGGACUGAAGACGCCCGAGAAGUGGGACCUCCUGGGCGCCGCCGCCAGGCUGUGGCACUUCGAGGUGACCAACAGGAAGUAUCUCCUGUUCGUGUCCAUGUACAUUGAUCGCUACCGAGUCGUUUUAACCGCCAUAUCUUCGACAGUCGACUAUAUGCGCAUGGCUCUGUGGUUCGUCUUCAACUGAACCAACAGCCGGAGUCCUUCGAUCCCUACUUGCGAAUCCCGUUUGCGGGGGAGUUGGCUUAGUAACUGCCUUUGGAGUGGAUAAUUUUAGGUCUUUGGGUGGAAGUGUUUCGUACGAAGAACUUAACCAAUUAAAAGUUGAGCUGU